CGCGCCGCCGCCGCCGCCGCCGCCGCCGGCUCCCGCCGCCCGGGCCCGGCCGGCCGCGCCGGGGGCCGCCGCGCUCGCCCGCCCUCCCGCCGCGAGAUCGCCGCAGACAUGGACACCAAACAUUUCCUGCCGCUCGACUUCUCCACCCAGGUGAACUCCUCUUCCCUCAACUCCCCCACGGGCCGCGGCUCCAUGGCCGCCCCCUCGCUGCACCCCUCCCUGGGGCCCGGCAUCGGCUCCUCGCUCGGCUCCCCCGGACAGCUGCACUCGCCCAUCAGCACCCUGAGCUCCCCCAUCAACGGCAUGGGCCCGCCCUUCUCGGUCAUCAGCUCCCCCAUGGGCCCCCACUCCUUGUCGGUGCCCACCACCCCCACCCUGGGCUUCGGCACCGGCAGCCCCCAGCUCAGCUCACCCAUGAACCCGGUCAGCAGCAGCGAGGACAUCAAGCCCCCGCUGGGCAUCAACGGGGUCCUCAAAGUCCCGGCCCACCCCUCAGGGAACAUGGCGUCCUUCACCAAGCACAUCUGUGCCAUCUGUGGGGACCGCUCCUCAGGCAAGCACUACGGGGUGUACAGCUGCGAGGGCUGCAAGGGCUUCUUCAAACGGACGGUGCGCAAGGACCUGACCUACACGUGCCGCGACAACAAGGACUGCCUGAUCGACAAGCGCCAGCGGAACCGGUGCCAGUACUGCCGCUACCAGAAGUGCCUGGCCAUGGGCAUGAAGCGCGAAGCCGUGCAGGAGGAGCGGCAGCGGGGCAAGGACCGCGGAGAGAACGAGGUGGAGUCCACGAGCAGCGCCAACGAGGACAUGCCGGUGGAGAAGAUCCUGGAGGCUGAGCUGGCCGUCGAGCCCAAGACCGAGACGUACGUGGAGGCGAACGUGGGGCUGAACCCCAGCUCGCCCAAUGACCCCGUCACCAACAUCUGCCAAGCGGCCGACAAGCAGCUCUUCACCCUGGUGGAGUGGGCCAAGCGGGUCCCACACUUCUCCGAGCUGCCCCUGGACGACCAGGUCAUCCUGCUGAGGGCAGGCUGGAACGAGCUGCUCAUCGCCUCCUUCUCGCACCGCUCCAUAGCCGUGAAGGACGGCAUCCUCCUGGCCACGGGGCUGCACGUGCACCGCAACAGCGCCCACAGCGCGGGGGUGGGCGCCAUCUUUGACAGGGUGCUGACGGAGCUGGUGUCCAAGAUGAGGGACAUGCAGAUGGACAAGACGGAGCUCGGCUGCCUGCGCGCCAUCGUCCUCUUCAACCCGGACUCCAAGGGACUCUCGAACCCGGCCGAGGUGGAGGCCCUUCGUGAGAAGGUCUACGCGUCCCUGGAGGCGUACUGCAAACACAAGUACCCCGAGCAGCCCGGAAGGUUCGCCAAGCUGCUGCUGCGCCUGCCGGCCCUGCGCUCCAUCGGCCUCAAGUGCCUGGAACACCUCUUCUUCUUCAAGCUCAUCGGGGACACGCCCAUCGACACCUUCCUCAUGGAGAUGCUGGAGGCCCCCCACCAAAUGACCUAGGCCCGCGGGCCGCCCUCCGCCUGGCCGCCGGCCGCUCUUCUCAGCCAGCUCGUCUGCCCCCGCUCGCCUGGCUGUUUGGACUCCGGGAGUGGCCCGUCCCUGCUAAGCCUGAGAUGUGCUGCCGCCCUGUUACCUUCCAUUCUGCUCGUCUGGACCGGGCAGCGGCUUUCCUGGGGCGGCCGCUGGAGUGGCAGGAGCCGGCGGGAGCCCCGGCCAGGCCCGCCAGGCUCUCCCCGGGGGACGCCCGGGGGACUCACAGACGGGUCUUGGGCCCCUGGCCCUGGAGCUGCCCCCCGUCAGAGGGCAGCUUCGUUCGGUCACGGUUGUCGCUGGUUUGGGAAGUCUCCCGUGCGAGGUCCUCUGUGUGGGGUGCCCUGCCUUCGUGGCCCGCCAGCCCGGGCCCACCCACCAGCAGGAGGAGGGGACGGGUGGGGUGGGGGGGGGGCGGGCGUUUCAUGGAGGAAGGCCCCUCCUGGCCCCCAGGGAGAGGAGAGGGGCUCGGGGGCGGGUGGCCUCGCCUUCCCUCAGAGCCAAGGGUGAGGAGCCACCCCCUUUUCCAAAGAUGACUUUCCGCUUCACCCCCGAGCCAAUCAGAACAGGAGCCGACCUCUGCGCAGGGCUGGGGCCACCUCAAGGCUGCAGAGACGGGGGUCGCCCACCCCCACCUCCGCUUUCCCUUUGCGUUGUCGUGGUUUCAGCUUCUUGCCCAACAUGGUCCCGCACACCCCAGGGUGCCCCCGAUCUUCCACAGCCGGCCCCUGGGCCUGGAGGGCUGGCCUGCUGUCUGCCCUUCCUGGAACCCCUGGGGGGGGCUAGGCCGACUCGGGCUCUGCUGACCUCUCAAGGCCAGAGGUCACCCCCCAGCAGGCCCACGGGGACGGAGGGAGGAGGGUUGGUCCUUGGGCAGCCGUGUCCAAGGAUGGAGAGCUGGAGGGACCUGUGGGCACAGCCGGGGCUUGGGGGGUGGGGAGGCCUCGGUCCAGAGCUCUCUGGGGGCACAGACCCCUUCGCGGGCUCUUCAGAUCAAGGCCCUUGAGUGUCAGCAUCCUCAGCUGGAUGCCCCUUGGGGUCCGGUCUGGGUGACGGAGCCCUGAGUGGGAGCUCCAGCAACACCUGCUCUGGCCGAGGGCCCCCCGCCAGCCCUGGGCCCUUCGUGCUGUAACGCCCCCCCCCCUUAGGUCUCACUGCUUUGCCUUUAGGACUUCUAACCCUGUGAACCCAGCCUUCGCCAGUAGUGGGGGCCUGACCUGGGCGGGGGGCGGGGGUCCCAUCUUCCCAGCCCCACAGGGGGAGCUCUGUCAAGCCCGUCUUUCCCCUGCCCCCACCAGAGACCCGGAGCUGGGGUGAGGGCAGGGCUUGUGCCCGCUCUCCCCGAGGCCGCGUCCCCAGGUGGUGCGGGCCCUGACUGGGGCUCCCCUGCACCCCUGGGGCUGGGUGGGGAGAGGCCUGCCUCCAGGCCUCCGUGGGGAAGAGUCCGUUCUUCGCUGUCCCGAGUCUGGCCCAAGAUGAGCGUGAGGCCUGGGUGCAGGUGUGGGAGAGUCCACGGACGCCCCCGUUCUCUUGCCCCACCCCCAGCCUGGUGGCCCAGGAGAGGCGAGGCGUCCCCUGCCCCGUGGGCACUUUCCCUGUCCACCCUCUGAGGCAGAGAUGGGGCGAGCCAGGCCUGCCCAACUGUCCCUCCUCCCAGACUCUCCCCGAAAGUCUUGGCAGCCUUUGGGGGCAUGGUGGUGUCAGGCAGGGUGACACAGGCGCCCUCGGGUCCUCCCUCCGGGGACCCCCACACCCAGCACCCCUGGUGCCUUCUGCAGCCAGGUGCACCCCAUCCGCACCCGGCCCCCUCCGGCUCCCUCGGGCCUCUUGGGAAUGUGGUGGCUCCCGUGGAGACAGCCCAGGUUGGAGCCCUUUGUUGGGGGGCCGCCUCUCGGGCUGGCCACGUGUCCAGCCCUGAGGUCCCCAGGCCACCCCCUCGCGAAGGCAGAGCCUCCCCAGCCCCUGGCCGCCCGAGGCCAUACCCGCAGCAUCUUGGGCCGUGGGGCCGCCCUCCCCGCUCCAACCCGGUCUGCGGUCCUGGUCCACGUGGCGCUGUUGGAAAAGGAGACGGUGGGGGAAGGGCCGACUCAGCAGAGAGGUCGCCCGAUGUAACCAGCCCUCCUAGGGUGACCAAGCUGGUUCAACUGAGGUGGUUUUUUGUAAUUAUUAUUAUUGUUAUUAUUGUUUGGUGGGACAAUCUUUAAUUUUCUAAAGAUAACGCUAACAUCAGCUCGUUAGCCACCGUGUGCCCGGCCCGCCUCGGCCUGCUGGUGUUUCCAGCGUGCUCCCCCGAGGCGUCACCUCCCUGCCUGGACAUCAGAUGGGGCCCCCGUGGCCAAGGAGUGAAGAUGACCGUGUCCUGGGGCCCGACGGUGUCAGCACGGCUGGCCUCAGGGGAGACGGCCCGGACUCCCGUGUCCGGGUGUCCGGGGGGGUGGGGGGCUUCAGGCUGGCAGGUCCGUGGCAAAGCGCUGGAGACCCUCCUCCGCGGGGGCCCGGCUGGAACGCGCAGCCCUUGGAAGUGGGCUGAUGUUGUCCCCAUCACGGAAAGCGGGCGUGUGUGCAGACCUGUGCGCCCCCCGCAGACACGCAGCGGCUACCAGCGUCUCCUGUUUGUUUUCCACCAAGACUCCCCCCGGCCCCCGAUUUCCUAUAAAUUUGCUUCUUGUAAGCAGGUGCGUAAGGACCCCGCCCUUGGUGAAAUCCGGGAUCGAGUGACUGUCUCGAGGCCAGGAGAUGCAUCUAUUUUCAGAUGCUUUGGAGCAAACAGCUUUAGCAGUUCCCAGCCCUUAGCAAUGCCUUAGCCGGGCCUCGCAGCUCACACUUUAGAGAGAAUGGCAAAUACAGAGAGAAGCGAUGUCUAAAGCAUCAGGAAAGGUAGAAAAAAAAAUCUAUUUUUGUACAAAUGUAAUUUUAUCCCUCAUGUAUACUUGGAGGGUGCGGCGGGAGGGGGGCUUGUUUUGUUUCUGCUUCUAGAGACGGAGGCGAGAAGCUUUCUGAGUGAACGUUCGGACGUGAGGCGGAGCGGAGGAGGGGGCUCCCGGGACGGGGCGCGCAGGCUUCGGACGACCCCCGCCGCGUCGCUGUGCGCCCUCCGGGCCAGGAGAUUGGGCCUGAGACUUUCAAGGGUUUUCUUCCCCUUUCGAGUAAUUUUUAAGCCUUGCUCUGUUCUGUCCGUGUUGCCAGCUGGCCUUCCUGCGACUCUGACUGUGAAAUUACUUGCCCACAUGAUUGUUCUCGAAGACACCGUGGCUGCAGGUGCCGGGGAUGGAUGGAUCUUGGGAUUAGGAUUGUGGAAAGAGAAAGGCAGAGAAAAGCCGUGAGAAGAGAAACAAACAAAACAUGAGCGUUUAAAAAUACACCA